UACAGGAGAUGACCAGAGACUGCGAACAGUAUAGGGGAUGACCAAGAGACUGCGGGCAGUAAAGGGGAUGACCAGAGACUGCAGACAGUACAGGAGAUGACCAGAGACUGCGGACAGUACAGGAGAUGACCAGAGACUACGGACACAGUACAGGUGAUGACCAGAGAUUGCGGACAGUACAGAAGAUGACCAGAGACUGCGGACACAGUAUAGGAGAUGACCAGAGACUGCGGACAGUAAAGGGGAUGACCAGAGACUGCGGACACAGUAUAGGAGAUGACCAGAGACUGCAGACAGUACAGGAGAUGACCAAGAGACUGUGGACAACAGUAUAGGGGAUGACCAGAGACUGCAGACACAGUACAGGGGAUGACCAAGAG